CCAAACGAUGGCUGUACAGGGCAUUGAACUAAAGAACAUCCAAAGGAGUCUGUAUACAUAAACAUAUGUAGAAUAAGAGGGUAGUUUGUGUUUUUACAAUGAAACCAUGUUUACUUAUUAAUAUGUGAUAAGAAAUGAUUGUUGUCACCUGAAGCCGUCAAACUGAGCUGUACAAUUUUGCCUCCAGGGCAUACAGUAUCUCAUCAUAGCAGGAAGUUUACCCAACAAACUCUCUGGGUAUGAGACACCUGAUCGUUAAAGUCAGGCACAGCAAGUGCCCAUUAUCUGUGUAGAGAGAAUUCUUUUAUACAAACUGAAUUUUGUUCUAGUUAUCACGAUAGAAAUGGAUUUAUGAUAUUGCGGAAAUCCUGUGAAUCAGUACUUACUUUCCCAAGGACAUGGGAUUCUGGAAACAGUUGGGUUUGCUAUUAUGGAAAAAUUAUACCUUAAGAAAAAGGCAAAAGUUCCGCCUGUUGGCUGAGAUAGUGACUCCCACCAUUUUGUUGUUAGUGCUAGUGUUGGUCAGAACUCGACCUGAUUUACAGGAGUAUAACCAUGAAUGUCAUUUUGAUGGGAAAGCCAUGCCCAGUGCAGGAGUGCUGCCCUUUUUACAGUCCUUCUUCUGUACCUUCAAUAACACCUGCCACGCCACAUCUACACAGGAUGAAAAACCAGGCAGUGUGGGCAACUUUGAUAAUUCAAUACUUACAAAUUUGGUUUUUGACAUUGAGGAAAUUCUGAACAGCAAUAUAGACCGUGAGCUGAUUGGUGAUUUACUAGAAGACUGGGAGAUAAUCACUCAGAUAAUGACCAAGAUCAACAGUGGCACCACAACAGGAGCAAUACGGAUUGGAACCAUUUUGGGAAAUCCUCAAAACAUCAGUGACGUUGUCAAAGCCCAAAAAAUCAAUCUGUCUAUAGAUGUUCUAAUUAAUGUCAUGAACGCAACUCUGGACUUCAACAAGCUGAACAAACCAAGUCUGAAUAAGAUAUUCAAGGACUUUGACACCUGUCCUGAUUCCAAUCAUGGCCAGCCAGCCGCCAUGGAAAUCUGGCAGCGCAUCUGUGACACAGGAAGUGUGCUGUAUGCCAUAGACUUCCACAGCGACGAGGCUCUGAAACAGAGUAAAAAGGAGCUGUGUGCCCUCGACAAUGCUGACCUUGAACACAUGUAUCAAGCAUUCAGGGCCCAGUUUAGCAUUCAGAGAUUCUUCAUUCAGAUGUUUAAAUUCAUAUUUUUAAACACCAAAAAAAUUCCCAACAUUCAAGACAUCUACAAGAGAUUUAAAAAAUUGAUUAGUGAUUUAACAUCCCUGAAAGAAUUGGAUUUGAAGAAAAUGGAGAAAUUUUUCAGAGAUAUGAAUAAAAAGAAAAUCAAUUCUACUCUGAUUGUUCAGAAUCUGGGGGACUUUGUUUGUGGUGCUAACUCUUUUUUACGGAUGCAAAGCAAACGCUCUGAGGAUCUCUUUGAGAGGUUUCGAUCUCAUGGUCGGUUGUCAAGAGGAGAUUCAAACUCGAACACGGCAACUAAUGACUAUGGUCCUGAUCGUCCUCUAUGUCGUGACCUGGUGAAUUUCCUUAAUGAAGACGUCCAGACACAAAUUCUGUGGAAGAACCUCAGACCUGUUGUACUUGGAAAGAUCACAUAUGCCCCUGAUAUACCUUCUGUCAGAAAAAUCAUUGAAAAGGCAAAUCAGACCUUCUCUGAUUUUGCAAGAGCUGUGCAACUGGCCAAGGAUUGGGAAGGAUAUAUAGAAUCUGUACAGAAGCACUUUGCAGGGAGUCCAACUUAUGAUAUUCUUAGAAGGUUUUCAGGGUCAUGUCUUUGUGAUUUGGUGGAGAAUAUCACAAUGACAGCAUUUGGUAAAACAAAGACUGUAGGAAUAUGCCGAUUCAUGAAGACGCUUCUGAAUGGGAACCCAGACAUUGGCAGCUAUAACUGGAGGGACAUCAUCAAGUUCACAAAAUCCUUGGCUAGGGUUAUAGCAGACUAUGGAGAGUGUAUGAUUUUUGACAAGUUUGUUGGAUUUGCCACAGAGGAGGAAAUGCUGGCAGAGAGUACAAAGAUGGUGGAAAAUAACACUCUGUGGGGAGCUCUGGUGUUUGACAUAAGUAAUGAGACUCACAAGUACUCAUUGCCUUCCCAUGUCUCCUACAAGAUCAGAAUGGAUGCAGACAGAGUGGAAACAACGGAUAGAGUACUAGACCAAGUGUACAAGCCAGGUCCAAGGCGAACCCCAGGGAAGGAGACCAAGUUCCUGUCGUAUGGCUUUGCCUAUCUCCAGGACAUGGUGGAGCACGCCAUCAUAAAGCUACAGACCGGGUCAGACAAGGAUGUGGGGGUAAUGGUGGAGCAGUUUCCUUAUCCAUGCUAUAUUAGGGACUCGUUCACAUACGCCAUUGAGAUUGUUCUUCCUCUUCUCUUGGUCCUAGCCUGGAUUUUGCCUGUUGCAAUGCUGUGUAAAAAUAUUGUAUACGAGAAGGAGAAGAGGUUAAAGGAAGUGAUGAGGAUGAUGGGAUUGGGUAAUGGUGUCCACUGGCUGGCCUGGUUCAUCAAUGCGUUUGUUGUCAUGAUGUUUACAAUGGGACUUCUAGUUGUUUUAUUGACAUAUGGUAAAGUCAUCCAGUACACAGACCCCACAGUUUUGCUGUUCUUCUUCAGUACCUUUGCUUUGGCUACCAUCAUGCAGUGCUUUUUCUUCAGUGUGCUUUUCCAUCAGGCCAAUCUAGCAGCUUGCAGCGCUGGCUUUCUCUACUUUACCCUGUAUAUUCCAUAUGUGUUAGCAAAGCGCUGGCAGGAGUUUUUACAUCUCUCAGAAAAAAUGGCCAUUUGCUUAUCCUCCAGCAUUGCCUUUGGGUUUGGCUGCUUCAAGAUUGCUCAGUUUGAGCAGCAGGCAGUUGGGGUACAGUGGCACAACAUCUGGGACAGCCCCAUGACAGGGGAUGAUUUCUCCAUGAUGCACAUUAUCAUCAUGAUGUUUGUGGAUGCUAUCAUCUAUGGCCUCCUCACAUGGUACAUCGAGGCAGUGUUCCCAGGGCAGUAUGGAACUCCCAGGCCUUGGUACUUCUUCGUUUUGAAGUCAUACUGGUGUGGGAAUAAAAUCAAUGCAGGAAACUUAGAGGAAGGCCUCUCUCCAUAUUUUGAUCCUGAAGGCAAGCCAGUGGAGGAUGAGCCACAAGACAGGACUCUAGGUGUGGCCAUCAGAGAUCUGAAGAAGGUGUACAGUGAGGGAAACAAGGUGGCGGUCAAUGGACUGAGUCUGAACUUCUAUGAGGGACAAAUCACCUCCUUCCUGGGUCACAAUGGAGCAGGAAAAACCACCACCAUGUCCAUCUUGACAGGAAUGUUCCCUCCAACAGAUGGCACAGCAUAUAUUUAUGGAAAAGACAUCAGAAAAAACAUGGAUGAAAUUCGACAGAGUUUGGGAGUGUGUCCACAACAUGACCUCCUGUUUCAGUUUAUGACUGUGACGGAGCACCUCUGGUUUUAUUCACAGCUGAAAGGAUUAAGCCUUCAGGAGACUACCAAUGAAAUAAACCCGAUGAUCAGUGACAUUGGACUGGGACAUAGGAAGCAUGCCUUUCCUCACAUGCUCUCAGGUGGAAUGAAGAGGAAGCUGUCUGUUGCGAUCGCCUUUGUAGGACAUGUCAAGACUGUGAUCCUGGAUGAGCCGACAGCUGGAGUAGAUCCGUACUCCAGGAGAUCCAUCUGGGAGUUACUGCUCAAGUACAAAGAGGGAAGAACCAUUAUUUUAUCCACACACCACAUGGAUGAAGCUGAUGUUCUGGGAGACAGGAUAGCCAUCAUCUCACAGGGAAAGCUCUGUUGCUGUGGCUCCAGCCUCUUUCUGAAAUCCCAAUAUGGAAAUGGAUACUAUCUCACAAUAGUAAGGAAUCUCAAUGAGGAGCAGACAAAUGACAAGGGAGAUAAAUCUGCAUCUGGACAGACCAGUCCUUCUCUUGGGAAGAAAAGCCCAGUUCCUGCUCCCAGGAGGAAAGCCAAUCAUAAGCUGGUAGAUGAAACGGAGCCCAUUCACCAUAGCAUAUCUUGUGUGGAGAAGCUGAAAAAAGAAGAAAUCAUAUGUCAUUCAGAGUGUAAUUCAGGAAAAUCAGAACCCUCAGUUGUAACAGAGGAAUUCCUUCAGUUUACAAGAAAGAGGUUGCAGGCAUUUGUGAGGAAGUUUGUGAAGAAGGCCAAGUUUAUUGAGGAUAAUUCGACAGAGGUGAGCUUCCUCUUACCUGAGGCCAGCGCCCACAAUGGAGACUUCGAGGACCUUUUCAUGGAACUGGAGAGAUCUAGGAAGAAGCUCGGAAUCUCCAGCUUUGGUGUAUCGGAUACCAGUCUAGAAGAGGUGUUUUUGAAGGUAGCCGAACAAGAUGGGGAGAAACAAUCAGAUGAAGUGAAAAGAAACAAACUUGAGGAAAACACAGACAGGGGGCGUGUCCCGAGGCCUGUCACUAACCUCAGUUUCCGACAUAACAGGAAGGCGUCUUACCUGAGGUCCCAGUCUGUGGAGGAGAGAAACGAAACCCUUAACCUGGAGGAGAGUAGUGCUGAUGGAUUCAAUCAUGAGUUACAAGAAAAAAUUAAAGGGAAAAAACUCUUGUUUAUGCAGUUUUAUGCUUUACUUAUUAAAAGGUUUCAUCAUUUUAAGAGAAGCAAGAAGGGCUUUCUCUGUGAGGUCGUGAUGCCAGUGCUAUUUAUCUUGAUAUCCAUGGUGUUUGCCAAAAUAGAAUCGCCUUACUCCGAGCCCAAACCUAUGACCUUACACCCCUGGCAUUUAACACCUAAGCAGUAUGACCCACACUUGUCAAUGUUUUACAGCUUGGAUGAAAAUUCACGUUUGGGAGCAGAUAUGGUGACAAUGCUAAAAUCUGACUACGGGGUUGGGAAUCGGUGUCUUAAUCCAGAAAUCUAUACGUUACAAGAGUAUCAAUGUCAACCCCAGUAUUCAGCCAUCUAUAUCUCUGAUAACCAUAGUAACCAGACUCUAGAGUGUUCCUGUAGUUCUGGGGUACAGCGUUGUCCAGAAGGAGCAGAAGGUCCUGCUACUCCAUUACAGAUGCUGGCCACCACUGACUUCCUGUAUGACCUCACCAACAGAAACAUUUCUGAUUGGCUACUGAAGACCCAUGAUCGAUUCAUUGGUAGAAGAUUUGGAGGGUUCUCAUUUGGAGAGAAAACCAAACUUGCCAAACUGAAUAACCAGAAUGUUCAGGAACUUCUACAGAAAUUCUCCCUGUUAAAAACUGAUGAUAAGUCCUUUGGAAUUGACAAUGAUAAAAUCUGGAGUAAUGUGGCUCUUCUAUUACACACCAUGGCAACAGAGGAUAUUGUCAAGGUUUGGUACAACAACAAAGGCUACAUUGCUGUGGUGUCCUACAUGAAUGUGGCCAACAACUUGAUUCUGAGGAGUAAGCUCCCCCGCAGUAAGGACCCCAGUGAGUACGGCAUCACUGUCAUCAACCACCCACUGCAGCUGUCCAAACAACAGUCCCAUCAGGAGUCCAAGUUUAACAGUAAGGCUGAUGUAUUGGUUGCUACCUGUGUUAUUUUUGCCAUGUCCUUUAUUCCGGCCAGUUUUGUGAUGAUUUUGAUUGAGGAGAGGAUCUCAAGCUCCAAACACCUGCAGUUUGUGAGUGGUGUCAACCCCACUGUGUACUGGUCAACCAACUUUCUAUGGGACAUGCUGAACUACUCCAUCUCCUGUGUUCUGUGUAUCUGCAUUUUCCUUGGAUUCCAAGUGGAGGCCUAUGUGAGCCCCACCAAUAUUCCGUGCCUCAUUCUUCUCCUCAUUUUGUUUGGGUAUGCCCUGAUUCCUAUGAUGUAUCCGUUUUCCCGCCUCUUCAAUGUGGCCAGUACAGCCAUGGUGACCUUGAAGUCUAUAAAUAUCUUCAUAGGAACCACCUCCACGCUGUCCACCUUUAUACUGGAACUCCUUGCCGAGGAGGAUCAGCAACUCCAGUACAUUAACGAUCUGCUGAAGAAUGUGAUGUUGAUCUUCCCCCAGUACUGCCUGGGUCUGGGACUGAUGGAGAUGUCCCGCAACCAACUGUACAGUGACGCCUUCAAAAAGUUUGAUUUGAAGAACAUAACCUCCCCACUGAAGUUCGAUAUGGUGGGAAAAAACAUCUUGGCUUUGUUUCUGCAGGGAACCUUCUUCUUCUCUCUGAAUCUCCUGAUAGAAUACAACUUCUUCAUCAAACCAAGACAGAUCAGCAUCAAGGAUUACCCCCAUGAGAAUGAUGAUGAGGAUGUAGAGAAGGAGAGACAGCGGGUGUUGGAGGGAGGGUCAGCCGACGACAUAGUCCGUGUGGAAAACAUGACCAAGAUUUAUCAAAUGGCUGAGAAGAGGUCCAAGCACACCGCAGUGGACAGACUGUGUGUGGGGAUCCCUAAGGGUCAGUGCUUUGGAUUGCUGGGGGUCAAUGGUGCAGGGAAAACCACCACAUUUAAAAUGCUAACUGGGGAUAUCCCCAUGUCAAGUGGAGCAGCCUACAUCGCUGGUCACAGUGUGAUUGAUGAGAUUGAUGUAGUGCGUGAGAGUGUGGGCUACUGUCCACAGUUUGAUGCCUAUGACCCUCUACUUACAUCCAGAGAAGUCCUUGUGUUUUAUGCCAGACUGAGAGGAAUUCCAGAGAAAGAUAUCAAUAAGGUUGCUGAUUGGGGAAUCAAGAAACUGGGGCUGAUUCCUUAUGCAAACAAACUCUCUGGGGGCUACUCAGGUGGAAACAAGAGAAAGCUCUCAACAGCCAUUGCUUUACUUGGAAAUCCUAAAGUCAUCUUUUUGGAUGAGCCUACCACUGGAAUGGAUCCAAAGGCCAGACGCUUCUUGUGGACCUGUAUCAACAGUAUAGUCAAAGAUGGCCGCUCAAUCAUUAUGACAUCACACAGUAUGGAGGAGUGUGAAGCUUUAUGCGGCAGACUGGCUAUCAUGGUGAAUGGCAAGUUCAGAUGUAUUGGUAGCAUACAGCACCUCAAGAACAGAUUUGGGGAUGGAUACACCAUUCUGAUACGAGUGUCAGGGAAUAACCCUAACCUGGAGCCAGUGGAACAAUACAUCAACACCAUGUUUCCAGGCAGUACCCUGAAGGAGAAGCAUCACAACAUGCUACAGUACCAGCUUGGACCCACCAUUAAACUAUCCUACAUAUUCGGUCAGAUCGAGUCAGUCCGCCAUGAAUUCUCCAUAGAGGAUUACUCUGUCUCACAAACCACACUUGAUCAAGUGUUCAUUAAUUUUGCAAAGAAUCAGAGCGAUAUUCUCCCUGAGGAGGAAACUACUUCUGAAUCAGCAAAUUUACCAGCUUCAGAUACCCAUAAUGAAGGUGUACCAUCAAUAGAAAACAACACAUUGUCAAAUUUGAGAGUGAGCCAAACAGGAAGUACAAUACACCUGAUUGGAAGCGAGGUUGAUGACCCAAUUUAUGUGAAUACAUCAUUUGUGUCAGAAUUGGAAGAAACUGAUGUGUGAUUUGUGAUAUUAUCUGUGUUUUAUGUGGCUUUAAUGUGAUAUAUUUAUUUAAAAAGUUCAUUAAACUACUAUAUUUAUU